AUGUUCUCAGACAAGAAAAGUACAGAACCAUUAUGUGACACAACUCCAGAGAGUGGCGUUCUCAACAGUGCAGAACACAACAGUGUGCCAGUAUCAGUGAUAUGGGCUGUUGCAAAUAUUUUUUGGAAACGAGGUACUUUAGAGCAAGGGCUUUUUUUGUUGUUGUUUCUCCAUAGCACCCUGAGGAAAGAGCCUGUGUUCAAUGACGAACCACCAUCCCACAUGCUAUGUGGCACUGUGUCCAUCAAGCCCAGUGUGAAGGAGUUAGAGACCUCAGCCAUGUUUGAGGAUGGGACAAUGUUUGAGGGCAUUGACGUUGUCAUCUUUGCAACAGGUUAUGGGUAUGCCUACCCCUUCCUUGAUGACUCCAUCAUCAAAAGCAGAAACAAUGAGGUCACCUUGUUUAAAGGCAUCUUCCCCUUGCUGAUGGAGAAGCCAACCUUGGCUGUGAUUGACCUUGUCCGGUCCCUUGGGUCUGCCAUCCCUACAGCUGACCUGCAGACCCACUGGACAGUUAAAGUGUUUGCAAACUCAUGCACCCUGCCAACUACAAAUGAAAUGAUGGAUGAUAUUAGUGAGAAAAUGGGGAAGAAACUCAAAUGGUUUGGCCAGAGCCAGACUUUGUAGACAGAUUACAUCACAUACAUGGAUGAGUUGGGCUCCUUCAUAGGGGCCAAGCCUAACAUACCAUGGCUCUUCCUGACUGAUCCCCAGCUGGCCCUGGAGGUGCACUUUCGUCCUUGUAGCCCAUACCAGCUUCGACUGAUGGGACCAGGAAAGUGGGAUGGAGCCAGAAAUGCCAUCCUGACCCAAUGGGACAGGACAGUAAAGCCAACCAGAACAAGAGCUGUCAGUGAAUCUAAGAGACCCCAACCGUUUUACAAUUUGCUUAAAACACUUUUAUUCCCAGUGCUUCGUUUGGCUGUUUUACUUGCAUUUUAUUAA